UAUGAAUAGCAAAAAUUUGCCUACAGGACAUCAUUAUGCAUAUUCUCCUCAGGUAUAGAUGAGGAGUCUAGCAACACUUAAAAUAAUAGCUCCAUUAUGCAUUUUAUUAUCAUUAUGUAGUGUUGUUAUAGGAUUCAUCUGGUAUGCCUUUAAUGGUUUGACUGAAUUUUUGAUAAUAGGAAUCAAUAAUGUAAUGACUUUGUUUAAUUUAAGAUAGCAGUUUUAUUCACUUGCAUAUUUUCUCUUUAUUGGAGUCUUACUACCAAAGUUAUUGUUAAUGAAGAGAUGGAUUCACCAGAUGGACAUCUUUAUAACACUAUACCAUACCUUCAUUCCCUAUUUACUUAAUUGGUUUGUGCAAUUGAGAGUGGAUUAGUGUUGAGUUUAAUUGAAUAUGAUUCCUACAAUCAAUUUUUAUUAGUUUUGCCAAUCUAGAUACUUGAAAUAUUUCUAUUAUUAUAUAUGGCAAAUGUGAGUCGAUAAUUCAACAUUAGAGAAUAUGGUAUUCAAAGAUUAAUUGUGUAUGGAACUUCUAUUGUAAACCUACUAUUUUUGAUAUUUGCUUCAUUCAGUCUUAAAUAAGUAAUUUUAUUUUAGAGAUCUAUCUUAGGUUAUGUUAUAAAUAAACUCAUAAUUAUAUUAAAUCUCAACAACUAAUAUUGAAAUAACACUUGUGAAAUUAGUUUUGUUUGUUUUAUUUAUUACAACCUUGAUUGUUUCAAUGUUCAAUUUAAAAAGAAUCAAAAUUUACUUUGUCACACUAGCAUUUAUAAUCUUAAGUAUUUGUAUUGUAGCAUGCUGUAUUAAUGGUUUACUUGUUAGAAGAGUAUAAGAUUUGGAAGUUGAACUUUCAACUAAUAAAGGUUGUAAGUUUGCAAUGUAAUCCAUUUCUGAAAAGAGUUUAAAUGAUCAAUUAGAAUGUCCAUAAAAAUAUUUUGACUUAGAAUUAUCACCAUAUCUUCCAUGUGAAUAAGAUGUAUAAAGUUAUUAAUGGGAAACAAAUACAAAAAUUAAUAAAUUGGGAUGUGUUAAUUUAAAAUGUUGUAAUUCUGUCAAGCAAUAUGUAUUUAAUCCAAUCAAUAGUCUUACUAUAUGGAUUAAUCUUAUAGUAAUGGUUGGAAUUGUGUAAUCAUUUAACACUGCUAUGUUAUCUGAAGGAUCAUAUAAGAAAUUUAGAAUGCAUGUAGUAGGAGAUGCUAUGGUUUUCAUAAUUCUUGUUCUACUAGCUAUAUUAGUAGUUGUGGCAUAUAAUAUUACACCUGAAUUAUCUGUAAAUGUACAACAUCCACUUGUCAAGUAUUUAUAUCUAAAACUAUUAAUUUAUAGAUAGGAAUCCAUGUUGAAUCAAAUAACUGUAUUACCAACACCUGUCUACAGAAAUUUUGACAAAUAAGAAAAAUUAGUCGGAUUUUAUAAUCUACAAAGUUGCGAACCGAUAUCUUCAGUUAUGAUUCAAAAAGUUGUAUUUAAAACUACAGAAGUUUAAAAGGGGUAAAACUAUAAAAAUAAUUAGAAUUACUCUAGCCAUAUCUGGAACUAAUGGAUAAUUUGUUGCUUUAAAAGAGUAUAAUAAUGAAAAAUUAAAAAUAAUUAUUGAUGAUGAAAUAAACAAAACCAUAUUCUCUUCAUUACCAUAACCUUUUGAUUCUAUAAUUAUAUAAGGAGAUGUAUAGGAGGCUGAAAAGUUUUAUAAUAAUAAUUUACACUAUUGUUCAGAUAAUCCACUUAGUGCAGAUUUCGAUAUCAUGAUUGAAUAUUAUGAUAUUCCUUAAUAAAAUAAUAGAAUUUUGUAAGCCUUAAGUAAAGAACAAUAAUAAAUUGGAGAUUAAGCAUUUAAAUUUUAUAAUGUUAAAAUCACAAUUGAAAAUUCUGUUGAUUUCUCACCAAUCGCUGAUACUGUAAAUAUUGAUAAUUAUUUUAGCUUAUUGAAGUAUAUGAAGGUAAAUUCUUAUCAUAAUCUUGUCAAAUAAUAAGACAAUUAGAAAAUAAUUUACAUGAACUAAAAACAGAUGAGUAAGGAAAUACAGAAAUCAAUAACUUAAGUUAAGGAUACUCAUACACAGUAUUAAUAUAUAAAUCAGGUAUAAAGAUUAUCAAUAUAUUCAUAGGAUUUAAGAAAUCAUGUUCAGUUCUUGAUCUCUAAAGAAGAGUACCUAAAACUAAAUAUAUAUUCAGGUUAACAAAGAGUAUACCUAAACAUUCAGUCCGUAUUUUAUUAGAAUGGACAUCAAAGACUCUUAAUCUUGAUUUGUACAGUGCCUUUAAAGUAGGAGAACACUCUUGUUUAACUGGAGCUCUGUCUAAAUCAUGUGGAGGAAUGUAAUUGUCAACUAUAUCUAAAAAUGAUUAACAUAUAGAAGUGCUUGAUAUCUAUCAAUUAGAACCAUAAAUCUAUACAAUAUUUGUUAAAAGAUUUUUGACUAGAAAUGAAGCUUUAGAUCUUUUAAAGAAUUCUUUGGUUAGCUAAGAAUGGAUUGAUGCAGAUCCUCAUAUCACUGUAUACUUGAGUGAAUUAAACUACCCAUUAAUUGAAUUUAGAUUACCUUAAAGUAUGAUCUUAAUUAAUUUAGAUAUCAAUCUUUAAAUGGAUAAAUUAGAUUUAACCUGGAUGGUCUUUAAAAUUGAUGGUCAAUAAUCAGAUGCUCCAUAAACUUUACAAAAGAUGGAAUCUAAAAUUGCAAAUGACGAAAUAAGGUAAAACACUGCAUCCAAUAAACCUUUCUGGCCAGAAAUUUGAUUUU